UGGCUCCGACUGCAUCACUUUCGUUUGUCAAUCGCCACCAGCCAAUCGAGAAAAUACUACAAACUCAUAAACCAGGUAAGAUGUCCGAAAAAGUUGUGCCGGCAGCGUCGAGUGCCACGACAGGGUUCUUCCAAGCCAAACCCCAAUUGACGAAUCAAUAUCACGAAGACCAUGCAUUCCGACGAGCCCUGGACCUCUUUCUCCCAGCACAGACCCGUACUUCCAUCGACAGUGAAUUCUCACAGCUAGGCGAUAAAGUACUCUCUCCACAAGUUCUUUUCUGGCUCCGCGAUGCAGAAGUCCAUCAGCCUACAUUGGUCCUACGGGACUCAUUCGGUUCCCCACGCAACGAACUCAUCACGAGCGAAGGAUGGCGACAACUUCAGGAUUUCGGAUUCCGAGAAGGAAUGGUCGCGACAGGCUACGAGGGAAAGUACGGGCACCACACGCGCGUGGUUCAGUUCGCCAAAAUCCACCUGUUCGCGGGGAGUUCAAGCACGGUGACAUGCCCGAGCGCAAUGCAGGAUGGCGCGGCCAAACUCAUCAUGACGUUUUUGGCAGAUGGAAGGGCAAAUGAUCCUACGCUUGAAGCGGUUCUGCAGCGCGCGUACAAACGUCUGACAAGCCGCGAUCCAACCUUUGCGUGGACUAGUGGGCAGUGGAUGACGGAGCGGACUGGUGGCUCCGAUGUCAGCGGAACGGAGACUCGCGCGACACCUCUCUCCGAAUCACAGAUUCAUGCAGAUGAUGCAUGGACUGCGAGCGACGGGAGCCCGCUCGGCCCGUUUUCUGUCGAUGGUUUCAAGUGGUUCUCAAGCGCGACUGAUGCCAACAUGUGUUUCUUCCUCGCUAAAACCCCCACCUCGGAACGAGUCAGUCUCUUCUUCGGACCAGUACGACGUCUCAAGGGCGAUUCACUAGAGUUCAAUGGCAUCUUCCCACAAAGAUUGAAGAAUAAGCUUGGAACCAAAGCUCUGCCGACCGCCGAGUUGGAACUCAAGGGCAUGCGCGCAUACAUGCUCGGUCAAGAGGGUGCUGGCACCAAGGAGAUCAGUCCGAUCCUGAACAUCACUCGGGUUUACAACGCCGUCAGCUCGGUAGGAUCAAUGGCCCGUGGUCUCGCCAUCUCGCGAGCAUUCGCGCGAGUGCGGACGGUAGCGGGGGGUCAGCCUCUCAUGAACACGCCCGCACACGUCCGAUCUAUGGCGAUACAGCACGUUGAAUACCGCGGCCAGACGAUGAUUGUCUAUUUCAUCACAUACUUACUCGGCAUCACGGAACACAGCAGCUCGACGUCGCAGCCUAACUCACCACUUCUCGAGAACUCAGCAUGGACCGCGCCUCUGCUACGCAUCCUGACUCCGGUCGUCAAGGCGAUGUCUGCUGCCGCCGCCGUCGAUGGCUUGCGCGCGUGUAUGGAGAGCAUGGGCGGUCUCGGAUACCUGGAGAAUGAAGAUGUCGAGCUCAACGUGGCCAAAAUCUACCGCGAUACCAAUGUCCUCACGAUCUGGGAGGGCACCACCGACGUCCUUGCCGCCGACACCGUGCGUGUGCUCAAAGGCCGCGGGGCAGAGCAGGCCCUCAAGGCACUUGCGGGCUGGGCGCAGAAUAUCGUCCGAAACCACGAGUCGAAGUUCGGAUUGUCCCUGAAAAGGGUGAUUGUUGAAAUCCAAGACCUCGUAACGCUCGUGCAGAGGAAGAACCCUCAUGAACUGCUGUAUCUCGGUCGGGAUUUGCUCGAUUCGAUCAGUUGGAUUGUGAUCACAUUGCUCCUCGUUGCUGACGCGACUCGGGACAACGAUGCUAUCGCAGUGGAGACUGCCAAACGCUGGCUGGCGCGCAAGGACGAACAAUUGGCACAGGACCUAUUGGCUCGCCCGUGGAUCGAGCGAGCGAAGCUCGACCAGGCGGUGGUGUUCGGACCGUCACCGCAGUUCGUGUCGGCGACGGCGAAAAUUUAGGCAUAUUCAUUUGAUCGCAUCCUGUUCUUAUGCUUGGUCGUUGUAUAAUAUAGUCCAUGCAACGUGCGCGCGACGACUGGUGUCUCCCAGAUCCAUGAGCUCCUGCGGUUGUUGAAAUGGAUCGGGCGAUCCUGCAGAUGAUACUGGAAGACGCCGUGUUCGAUCUCAGGGAGUUGUAACGCUUGGUCCUCACGGGAAGUCAGUAGAGUUGAACCCGAGAUGACCGAUAAUAUGUGCAUUUUAUCUGGGUGCCACAUUUGCCGUAUUAGGUUACAGCGAUGCUUAACCGUGAAAGGCAAUUGCAGGAGGCCCUUGCACGUGGCCUGUUGUGCACCAGCGAUCACAAAGACAGAAUCAUUCUAGAGGAGUGGAGGUUUUUCAAGGUUGUAAGUCAAGCGGAGAAGCCUCCGAACAUCCGCCAGAAGCCAUUUGAAGGGCUCCGCAUUAUCAGGUAGAAGGUGCUUUACUCAAUGUUAAUCGGCAUU